UGGCCGCGAUCCCACUACGAGAUGAUUGAAUAUCAUCAUCAGAAACGAGAUGAAGCCAUUCAAGCUGGACAGAUCCAGCCUUUCCUGUAUCCCUGGGGAACACUCGGUGCAGCAGUGGUGAUCGUGUAUCUCCUGAUCCCGCACCAGAACCGACCUUGGUUGAAGAAAGCACGUUUCCUGGUGUUUGCAUUCAACGCGGGAUUCUCGAUAUAUUGCAUCCUGUAUACAAGAGCUAGAAUCAUGGCUGGGGCAUUGGGUUUGGGGUUGAUCUCCGCUUGGAGCAUAUGUUGGACGUUUGCUCUGCUGGUGGUGAACGAUGCUCAGACGGACUUCCAGAGGAUCGAAAGGACUGAGGGAGUCUUCGGGCUGAGUUCGACGGCGAAGAAGGAGGAAAAGAACAAAACGAUCACCUCGAAUGGAAACACAGAUCCCAUCCUCCAAGGCAUCCUCGAAUCCAACGGCAGUGUCACCACCAACGGCCACACCACCCACGAACACCUCGGACCCUCACAGAGACACGGCACCUUCGCCUGGCAACCCUUCCCCAUAACCCCCUUCAUCGAACGCCUCGACUGGGUCCUCGACAUCUUCACCAACUUCCGCGGCGUAGGCUGGAACUGGCGCACCUCCUCGCAACCACCACCCCCAAAGCCCGUCCUCAAUCAACUCAACUCCUCCUCCUCCACCUCCCCUCCCGCCCACCACACCCUCCACACGCACCCAACCCAACCAACCGUCCACCCGACCCGCCGUUCCCUCCUCCUCGCAAACCUCAAAACCCUCCUACUCGGCUACCUAACCCUCGACAUCCUCAAAACCCUCAUGAACCACGACCCCUACUUCUGGGGCGCCACGCACCUCCCUCCCCUCCCGUCCCUCCCCCUCGGCCCCCUAGUCCCCAUCCUCACGUCCUCCCCUUCCCUCCUCCAAACCUACCGCCUCACCCUCUCCAUGCUCGGCGUGAAGUCCGCCCUACAAACCAUCUUCGCACUCGGCCCGCUCUUCUUCGCCGGCGCGCUCGGCCCGGCCGUCCUCGGCGCCCGCGCCUCGCCCUGGAUGUACCCGGACGCAUGGGGUCCCUACGGCGCCGCGGUGCUGGACCGCGGGUUGCGGGGGUGGUGGGGCGGCUGGUGGCAUCAGACGUUCCGGUUUGCGUUUGAGGCGCCUGCUACCUACCUCCUCAACUUCCUCCCCCAGCCGUCUUCAGACGGAACGAAGGGGGGGAGGAAGGGGAGGAGGAGGGGGACGGAGAUGCUGGUGAGGCUAACCACUGCGUUCGCGAUGUCGGGCGCGCUCCACGCGGGCGGGAUGCACACGUCGAACGCGUCGCUGACGCAUCCUCUCACGUCCACGGCGCUGUUCUUCGUGCUGCAGGUCCCGGGCGUGAUGUUCGAAGCUGCGCUCAUCGCGCCGUGCGUCGAUCGGCUGCCGGGCCCGAGGUGGGGGAGGAGGGUGCUGAGGUUUGUAUAUGUGCAUGCGUGGUUUUAUGCUACGGCGGGGCUGGUGUGUAGGGACUUUGCGAGGAGCGGGGUGUGGUUGUUUGAGCCGGUGCCUGUGUCGGUGGUUAGGGGGCCGCUGGUGGGGUGGGGAGUGGAGGGGGAUGGGUGGUGGUGUUGGGGGAAGGGGUUGGGGGAUUGGGUGAGGUGGGAG